GCGUCCAGGGAUGUGGAGGGCUGUGAUUGGCUUGCAUCAUCUUUUCAAACAUAAGACAUACACUAUAAAAAGACGCAUAAAAUCCAUCAAGAUUCAUUAUUACUAUGACUCAGCAACAUAUGAAGAUGAUAUUGCUGUGUUUCAACUAAGCAAACCUGUCAAAUUUAAUGACCAUAUUCAGCCCAUCUGCUUGCCUAAUGUUAAUCUUGCCCUGACUUCUGAUAUGAAAUGUUUUAUAAGUGGGUGGGGAACGAGAAAAGAAAAAGGUAAAGCCAGCCUCACAUUGCAAGAAGCUCAGCUACAAAUUUUUUCACUAGACACUUGUAAUCGAUAUUACUGGCAUGCAGGAUCAGUACAAGAUACUGCUUUCUGUGCUGGCUCUGAAACUGGAGAUGUUGAUACCUGUCAG